GGAAUGUAUAGAGUGUACUGAAAGUUGUACAUAAAAAACCAGCUCUCUGGAGAAACAGUGUUUGUGUAAGGAUAGUUUGGGAAUUUAUAAACGGAUUACCCCCAGAUGAGGCCAGCUGGUCCAAAAACAAUCCGAAACAAUGGCCACGGUUACAAUAUGAGGACCUUGUAGACUAUAUGAUAAAUAAAAAAGCAUAUGAUGGGAGACAAAUGAAAGCAUUUAGAUCUUUGUAUGGAAAAAACUAUGUGGAAAGUGGGUGGCUAGGUGAUAUGUAUUACUGUAAGGAUGAAACUCGGCACUUCCUCAAGGCUACUGUUUCACCAAGCCAACCUGGUGUUGGACGUACGGAUUACAAUGUUUGGGUUGCUGUUUCAGAUUCUGCCAUUGAUACCGGAUAUUGUACCUGUCCUGCUGGUUCUGGAAGGAGUUGCAGUCACAUAGCUGCAGUUGUUUAUGCUGUGAUAAUGGCUUGGGAUCACGGUUUAGCAGGAGAAACUUGUACCGAUAAACCACAGCUUUGGGGGAAAGGGUCGGCACAAGUUUUGACUAGUCACCAGCAAUUUGCUGAUAUCAUUGCUGAAAAUUUAAACACUAAAGAAGUUGACGACACAGUGGCGCGACCGAAACAGUACUUGGAUCAUGAUGACUUGAAAACAUUUGUUAAAAACAGUGCAUUUAAACCCCUUUGGGAAUGUAAAGGAACCAUGCUGACCAAAAUACUGAAUGCUCCAGAAACAACAAUUUCAGAUAAGCAGCCACUUGUUCAUGGCCUCCAUGAUGUUGAUACUGACAAACCAGCAGUGCCAUCUUGCAGCUCAUGCAAGGUAUUUUUCAAUAAAUAUGUGGAAAUAGGUUAUGCUAACAUAAAUGUAUUAGAAAAAGCAACGGUUCGCCAGUCAUCAGUCAUGUGGACAGAUAGUCGUAAAGUUCGGUUAACUGCAAGCAAGAUAAAUAGCAUCCCAAAGACAUCACGGGCUGAUCCAGACAAGUUUGUCACCAACCACAUUUACGACAGGUUUAAAGGUUGUGCUGCCACGAAGCAUGGUCAGAAGUUUGAACCUAUUGCCCGGAAAUGGUUUGAGCAUUCUAGUAGACAGACAGUAAGAGAAAGUGGCAUUGUGGUAAGAGAAGGAGAAGAAUAUUUGGCUGCCAGUCCUGAUGGUGUUAUAGACCAAAAUACCAUUAUUGAAAUUAAAUGCCCUACAAAGUCACUUGAGGGACUUGUUUCUUCUGGAAAAUAUGACGUGUGUUAUGAUAAGGACCAUAUCCCAUUUCUCAAUCCAAAAGGCAAGAAUGGUUAUUACACCCAGGUUCAGAUGGCUAUGUACUGUACAAAGACCAGUCUGUGCAAGUUUAUUCUGUGGACAGCUGAAAAACAGAUGGUUCUUGAUGUUUUGUUUGACAGUGACUUUGUAGAUAAGAUAUUGCCACGGGUUAGAGCGUUUUAUUUCAAACAUCUGUUACCCCGCCUUACAGACGAAAUGCAUUUCAAUAGAUUGAAACUUUCACCAGAGUACAAGAAAGUUUGUAAAUAAAUUGCAAGUCAGAAGGAUUGUGUUGAAAUAUAACUAUAAGCAACAUAAGUUUGUGUAAAAGAAAAUCUAUUGAAAAUUUAGAACAUCAGUUGCUGUAAAAUACUAAGUUUUUAUUAAAGUUGCCAAUAAGUUUAAUAACUAUGGUAUGAUAUAUGACUUGUACGGUAAUGUUUAUAU